GUCUCGCCACUGAGAGAGAGAGGUGAGAGGCGUAUCGUUCGAUUCGGAAGGAGUGGAUGGGGGGAGAGAGCAGAGCAAGGGGGAGAUCCGGCGAUCCGGCUGUCGGCGGAAGAAACGGCGGCGGCGGGUGGUGGGCCGACGACAUGAGCUUGAACGUGUGCAGGACGAUGGAAGCGGAGUACGUUCGAAGGCAUCACAGGCAUGUGACGAUAGGGAAUCAGUGCAGCUCUGCUCUCGUGAAGCACAUCAAAGCGCCGGUUCACCUCGUAUGGUCUCUGGUGAGGAGAUUUGAUCAGCCGCAGAAGUACAAACCCUUUGUGAGUAGAUGUGUGGUUCAAGGGGAUUUGGAGAUUGGAAGCGUUAGGGAAGUGAAUGUGAAGUCAGGGCUUCCGGCUACUACCAGUACUGAGAGGCUGGAGCUGCUUGAUGACGAUGAACACAUAUUUGGGAUCAAGAUCGUUGGAGGGGAUCAUCGUUUACAGAACUACUCGUCGAUCGUUACUGUCCACCCUGAGUGCAUCGACGGAAGAUCCGGCACUCUUGUUAUCGAGUCAUUUGUCGUGGAUGUGCCCGAUGGAAACACAAAGGAUGAGACAUGCUUCUUCGUCGAGGCUCUAAUUAAAUGCAACCUUAAGUCUCUAGCCGACGUAUCGGAGCGCCUCGCAAUCGAAGAUCACACUGAGCCCAUUGAUCUGUGAUGAUGCUUAUAGAGAAAGAGCCACAAUUUCAUCAUCUCCUGAAGUUUUCGAUGCAGUCUUCAAACCCCCACUGAGUGCUGGCAAUGGCUGCUGAUGGAGUGAUUCGAAGUAUCUUGCUGGUAUUUCCUGACUGAUUAUGCCUAGUGGUUACAAAGUUGCUUUCUCUUUGUUUGUUUUCCCUAUCUAUGCUUAGAGUUUUAUAUGUAGAUAACCCAAUUCCAGUUCUGGUUAGUUCUAGUAGAGAUAAAGCUAGAGAAACUCUGAGCUGGAUAGUUGCAAUUUGUCAAAGGAAAGCACUGUAAAUAUGUGUUGACAUUGCCCUGUUUUCUUCAAAAAAUGAGCUUUGGAAUCGGAAUUCCACUUUUAUCUUUCA